AUGGCUGCUGUCAUUGGCGGGCCCAAAUUUGUUGGCAUCAAGUUUUGUCCGGAAUGUAACAAUAUGCUGUACCCGAAGGAGGAUAAAGCGAACCGAAGGCUCCACUACGCGUGCAGGAAUUGCGAGCACCGAGAAGAAGCUGAAAACCCGUGCAUCUACGUCAACAAGCUGGUGCACGAAAUUGACGAAUUGACGCAAAUCGUGUCGGACGUCUCGCAAGAUCCGACCCUGCCAAGAACCGAGGAUCACCCCUGCCCGAAAUGCGGUCAUCGAGACGCCGUGUUCUUCCAAGCGCAAAGUCGGCGAGCGGAUGAAGAAAUGAGGCUCUACUACGUGUGCGGUAAUCUGGAAUGCGGCCAUCGAUGGACCGGC